GUUAUGGAUACAAUGAAUUUAACUCAAACGUAAGAAUAGGACUAUUUAGUUCAAACCCUCUUAUCCCUAGACAUUUGUUACAUCUUUUUACUCAACAAAACUACAUAUUGAUCCUUAGUUCAAACCUCACCUGAAUCACACCUCUUCACAUAAUUUUGUAGCCAUUAGAACCAAAUGAUCCCAUAAUUUCCAUAUGAAUACAGAUUCCCAAACCAUUUGAACUUUCUUGAUGUUGUACAAAGGUGAUUUUCAAAAGAUUCUUUUUUUGUUCUAUUAGCAAAUUUUUUGGCCCAAUAAUAUCACAUGACGUGUCAAAUUUUCAAUAAAAAAAAACAUUGGAGGUUGUUUGGCUACAAGUUUCAUUCAAAAGCUUUUUAAGGAAAAGUAUAAUUAAGGUUUAAUUUCAUGAAAUUGUUGCACAUUGGAGCAUGCUAUAUUUCAGUAACAAUUUUUCUUCAUGAAGAUUUGAAAGAAGCUAAAACACAAAGCAGGUUUUUCUAGUUGGCAAAGAGAAAAAUGAAUGCACUAGCAGCUACAAACAGGAACUUUAAGUUGGCUUCUAGGCUUUUGGGAUUGGAUUCCAAGCUUGAGAAAAGUUUACUCAUUCCAUUUAGGGAAAUCAAGGUUGAAUGUACUAUCCCAAAAGACGACGGCACGUUGCAAUCUUACAUUGGGUUUAGAGUUCAACAUGACAAUGCUAGAGGCCCUAUGAAAGGAGGAAUCAGAUACCAUCCUGAGGUUGAUCCAGAUGAAGUGAAUGCUUUAGCACAACUAAUGACAUGGAAAACAGCUGUAGCAAAUAUACCAUAUGGAGGUGCAAAAGGAGGGAUAGGAUGUAACCCUGGAGAAUUAAGUAUAUCUGAGUUAGAAAGACUUACCAGAGUUUUUACUCAGAAAAUUCAUGAUCUUAUUGGAAUUCACAUGGAUGUGCCUGCACCUGAUAUGGGAACAGGACCACAGACUAUGGCAUGGAUACUAGAUGAAUAUUCAAAAUUUCACGGCUACUCGCCUGCAGUAGUGACUGGAAAACCUAUAGAUCUUGGUGGAUCUCUAGGUAGAGAUGCUGCCACAGGAAGAGGAGUUCUCUUUGGAACAGAAGCUUUGCUUAAUGAGUAUGGAAAGAGUGUAUCCGGACAACGGUUCGUUAUUCAGGGUUUUGGAAAUGUAGGUUCUUGGGCUGCACAAUUAAUUGAUGAGAAAGGUGGGAAAAUUGUUGCUGUUAGUGACAUAACAGGAGCCAUAAAGAACAGCAAAGGUCUUGACAUACCAAGCUUACUCAAGCAUACCAAAGAGCACAAAGGAGUAAAAGGAUUCAACGGCGGUGAUUCAUUUGAUGCUAACUCGAUAUUGCUUGAAGAUUGUGAUGUUCUAAUCCCAGCAGCUCUUGGGGGUGUCAUCAAUAAGGAAAAUGCAAAUGAAAUUAAGGCAAAGUUUAUAGUUGAAGCAGCUAAUCACCCUACUGAUCCAGAGGCUGAUGAGAUUCUAAAAAAAAAAGGUGUUGUGAUCCUCCCAGACAUAUAUGCAAAUUCAGGUGGUGUUACAGUUAGCUAUUUUGAGUGGGUUCAGAACAUCCAAGGGUUUAUGUGGGAUGAGGAGAAAGUGAACAAUGAGCUAAAAAACUACAUGACCAGGGGUUUCAAAGAUGUGAAAGACAUGUGCAAAACUCAUGAAUGUGAUCUUCGAAUGGGAGCCUUCAGCUUAGGAGUUAACCGUGUUGCUAGGGCUACUGUCCUUAGGGGUUGGGAAGCUUGAGAACUUGUUGCUGCUACUUUAAAUAAAAGAGAGCUUUUAGUCUCAGUUGCACUUGCACUUAUUCUUGCUGUCAAAAAGUUUUUGUUGCUUUCAUGUGUUGAGUGAAUUGUAUUGCCACCCCAAAUGAUUAAAGAUGAGGGUUCCAUGUACCUUGCUUGGAUUAAUUAUUCCAUUUGCUUA